UCCAAAAUUGCAAACAUACAGAAUAUUAGUGUUACUGUUUUGUGCUUAAAACUUCUGUUUUAUUUUAAGUCACACUAUUUUCUUAUUCGGAAUUAUCGUAGUAAAGAAUUUGUAUUUCAAAUCAUACAAUAAAUAUACUUUUUGAGAAAAGUAAAUAUUUUGUUGAAUCGGCGGUUUGUGUUUGUAUAACUUAAAAAUGACAGAUGAAACUCCACAAAAACGCCAAGAUGAUGAAUUGGUCGCUUUACAGUCAAUAUACGGUGAUGCAGUUGUGGAUAACAGGAAGAAGUCUGUUUGGAACGAAUGGCGCCCUAUAGAUGUACUUCUAACAUUGCUACCUUUAAACAGUUCUGAGGGUGUGCAUUGUAGGGCGACACUGCAGUUUAUUUGCUGCCAUAAUUAUCCUGAUAAACCACCAAAGAUUUUUUUAAACAAAGUAUCGGGAUUAUCUGACGAUAAUGCUAACAAAUUACUGAACAAUUUAGUAGAUCUAGCCGAGCAGUUAUGUGGAGAAGUGAUGAUUUUCCAGCUUGCUCAGCACACUGAACAAUUUCUUCAUGACCACAAUAAACCAAUCUUAUCGUUUUAUGAUGAGAUGGUGAAGAAGAAGGAUGAAAUGGAAAAAUUAAAAAUGCAUGAUUUGCAAGUACGAGAGAAUGAAGAACUCCAAAAAAUGAAAAAUGAAAUUCAACGGCGCCACGAAGCACUUCGCGGCGGCAUUGAUCCUGUGAAUAACUUGAAUGGUCAGGGUGAUGCACCAAAAUUGGUUUAUUACGCCGAUGAUAAAACGUCACCUGCUAAGCUAUCGCGGCGAAGUACUGGGUCGUUGCCUUGUACUUGCAACAUUAAAGGAACUCAAGUACUUCGGUACAGUCACAGAAACAGUAAGAAAGUUUACAUUGGAAAAUGUAUAGGUCAUUCAGCAAACGGUUCUACAACAUUUCUAGCGAUAGACGACGACGGAGAUCAGCUUGUUGCAAAAAAGUGGACCAUCUCUCCAGCAUCAGAUUUCCAAACUCAAAAUCGUCAGUGGAAUUUAAUUGAACAAGACUUAAAAGCAAUGUGUCGUUUGAAACACCCCUCAUUAGUGCCAUAUGUAGCCAUGGAAAUAUUAACAGAAUCGAAACGGACAAACAAUAAAUUAGUUUAUAUAUUCCGAGAUUUCGUAUUGGGCAGUUCAUUGAAAUAUCUUCGAGAACAUUCCAGUAAUUUCGGUGAUAAGUUGGAAGGCUUGAAACUAUUGAGGCAUGUCGGUUUAGCUGUGUUCAGUGCGUUAAAGGAAUUGCAUAGUGUUAAUAUUUUGCAUAGAGAUGUUCGGAAUGAAACCGUAUUUCUAGAAGACAGUGGAACUGUUAAAAUUGUUGGUGCAAGUUUAGAUGUAAGAUUAAGUGAAAUAAUGGAAGGCGAGAACUAUUGUGGUCGACAGACAAAAUCUCAAGAUAUUUAUGCAGCGGCGCAGUUGUUACUAUCUAUUGUAACGGAAGAAUCUGAUCAUGAAAUACCGCCCGACCUUCCGAGUUCAGCCAAAGAGUUCUUUUCGAGGUGCCUUACCGAAGACGAACGCAUACAGUGGUCAGCGGAACAAUUGGUGGAACAUGGUUUUCUAGUCGAUAAUCUAACCAAGCCACCUCAUACCAUAGACAAUAAUGACCCCGAUAGUGGAUCUGAGGAUGAAGAUGGUACCAAACGUAUUCACCAGAUAACCACACUGGUAAAAGGUGACUCGCGCUUGAACAUCGAGUUUGAAAUUCUCGCCUGGCUAGGAAAGGGCGCUUUCGGAGAUGUUUUAAAGGUGAGAAACAAACUCGACGGCGGUUUUUACGCGAUCAAGCACGUCAAAUUGAAUCCUAAAAGUGUUGAUUUGAAUAAAAAAAUCACACGUGAAGUGAAGUUACUGUCGCGCCUCAAUCACGAAAACGUUGUAAGGUAUUACAAUGCGUGGAUCGAAACGAUCACCGAGACGGACGUUGAAGAGAGCGGUUCAGUUCAAUCAGUUGAGAAAAAGGGGGACAGCCUCGUAGACGUCGUUGCGAAGUUAGGCCAGGAAGUCAAGGUAAACUGGUCCAUGUCAGAUGGUCCAGUUCAAGUAAGAGACGAGUCGUCAGAGAGCGAGGAAGAUUCAGACGAUGAGGAACCGUGGUUUAACAUUAGUCCAGAAAACGAAAACAGCAGCGUAAUAGAGUUCGAAGUGGAUUCCGAAAAGUCGGAGCAGAUAUCAUCCGAUGACACAACACUGGCGUCACCGAUGUUGAAGCAAGUGCUCUAUAUACAAAUGGAGUUCUGCGAGAAGAACACACUGAGACAAACUAUUGAUAAUGGCCUCUAUCAAGAGCAUUUCAGGGCUUGGAGACUGUUCAGAGAGAUCUUGGAAGGACUAGCUCACGUGCACCAGAAAGGCAUGAUCCACAGGGAUCUGAAACCGGUCAAUAUAUUCUUAGACUCCAACGACCACGUCAAGAUUGGUGAUUUCGGCCUAGCCACGAAAGUUUUUACAGGACUCCCAGUGGAAGAAACUUCUCAAGACGAUGCCGACGGCUUAUUAACAGGCAAAGUUGGAACUGCUCUCUAUGUGGCUCCAGAACUGCAACAGUCGGCGAGCAAAGUGAUAUACAACCAGAAGGUCGAUAUUUAUUCCCUUGGUAUUAUUCUAUACGAAAUGUUUAACCCCCCAUUCGGUACUGGUACGGAGAGAUAUAUAGUGUUGACUAACCUUAGGAAGAAAGAAGUAACAAUGCCAAAAGAUUUUGAAAGAGAAGAGAAUUCCAAGCAAAUUCACGUUAUAAGAUGGUUAUUGGACCACGACGCGAGUGUCCGACCCACAAGCGCAGAACUGCUCGCCUCAGAACAUGUUCCAAGAGCAGUACCAGAACUCGCAUUAUCCGGUCUUCUGUCUCACACCCUCAGUGAGCGAGGAUCAAGAGGUUACCAGAGACUGGUCGCAGCUUGCCUGGAUCAGAAAACAUCUCCAGCUGAAGACAUCACAUACCAUAGAGCAAUAAAGAGUAAACCCAUGGACUACGUUGCGAGGAUCAAAGAUAUUGUUAUUAAGGUUUUCCAAAGCCAUGGCGCGUCGGAGUUUUCUCCGCCGCUGUUAACGCCCCGCGCCACACGUUGGGACCAGUACCCGAACGCUGCCAGGGUCAUGACGUCAUCGGGCACCGUGUGUCACUUGCCACAUGACCUAAGAUUACCAUUUGCUAGAUACACAGCACAUUCCGGUACGAAAUACAUGCGACGUUACGUCGUCGACAGAGUGUACAGAGAAACCGAGAGGACUAUCAAAGGAUUCCACCCGCGGGAAAUUAUCGAAUGUGCCUUUGAUAUCGUCACUCCCAAAACGGACACACUUUGGCCGGAUGCGGAACUUUUAGUCGUCGCCAGUAGAGCGGUGACGGAAAGUACACUAAAAGUAACGGUACAGUUGAAUCACACGGAACUGCUGAAGAUUUUGCUUCUGUCCUGCGGCGUUCCGUUGGAUAAGCACGUGGCUUUAUAUCCCGUAUUGAUGGAUGUCAGUUUAGGACGCAUAACAAGUCUCCAGCUUCAAACUCAUCUUACGACGCUUUGCGUAACUAAUCGUGAUAUAACGAACAUGCUGCGUCUGAUGGAAGCGGACGUGUCUGUUGAACUCUUACACGAGCUCGUGAGUUUCGUCGACAAGAAUAAAUGGAGUGCCUCAUUGGAUAGAGCAAUACAACAGCUGGAAGCCGUCUGCAGUAAAGCUGUUGCUUUAGGAUGUGGUGUACCGAUAACGGUCGCCCCGUUCCUGGCGUACAACGCGACGCAGCACCGCGGCGUGUUCUGGCAGAUGUGCGUCGUGAGCCCCGACCAGCGGCCGCUCAAACAUCGCUCGAAGGACCUCAUAGCUGCCGGCGGCAGGUACGACAACCUCGUUGAGGAGUUUUGGAAGGUCGCUCGGGCCGAGAAGGAUCAUGACAAUGCCAACUUGACGUGCACGUCCGUGGGCUUCUCCAUGUCGCUGGAGAGGAUGGCCGCUAUAUUGAGGAGUAUGGAGGUGGAACUACCACUAAUUGAGAAGAUAAAUGAGCGGACCACCGUGUACGUGUGCAUAUCCAACGGGUCGGAGUCGGGGCGAGACGGCGGCGACGCGAAGCGCGCCCGCCUCGCGCGCUCGCUGUGGGCGGGCGGGCUGCGCGCGCUGUGCUGGGCGGGCGGCGCGCGCGACGCGCACGGCGCCGCGCGCAGCGCCAUCGUGCUCGAGCACGACGGGCUCGACGUGCUCGUGUCCUGCUGGGAGGGCACCCGAGUCCGAGAACAGAAAGUGCCAUAUUCGAAGGUGAUUGAAUUCGUGAAACAAAAAUUAAGCGCUGAAACUAUUCGUAAUCCGGAUUAUACAAAUCGAAUGAUCAGCUGGUCGGAAUGUGAGAAAUCAGGAGGUCCAACGAUAUCGGUUACGUUCAUAACAGCCAGCGAGAGAAUCACCAAGAGUAUAAAACGACAGUGUGAUGUGCAGAUCAACAACCAAACGACGUCGACGCUGGUGCACCUGGGCCUGCAGCCCGUGCUGGCGCGCGUGCGCGUGCACGUGCUGGCGCUGGCGUGCGAGGCGCCGUGCGUCCAGCUGCUGGCCGCGCACCUCGCCGCGCCGCUCGACGUGCACUACCUGCCGCACGCCUUCAGGCCCGUCUGCGAAAUGUACACGAAACGCCAGAAUAUUCUCGAAGAAGCUCUCCGUGAAUUGACGAAUAUCGCGAAGCAAAGUAACCAAAGCCGAUCAGCCGACGAGACUCUCUUGUACGCCCUCUAUUCCAUACCGGACUCUCUGUGUCGGAUUAUUACUUGAUAAAAACCUUAGCAUUUAUAUGUUUAGUGAAAUAAUAAGUAAAAUAUCAAGUAUAUGCUCGUACGUGUAUGUACGUAAGACGUAUUCGAGAAAAAUAUGUAGGUCGUACAUAGUUUUUUCAUUACGAAUUGAGAAAGAGAUACCGAACUGUUUUAAUCUUUUCCCAUUUGUAUGUCUAGCCUAUUUCAGCCACAAGAGAAGUAGAGACCAAUGAAUAACCUUGAAAUUUAAUUGACGCGAUAUAAUUGGUCGAGGCCUUGAAUAAACGAUCAUAUUUAUUUUGGAUAAAGUUGAAAACUUUGGUAGUAAAAUUAAAGUGGAUAUAAGUAUUUAAGUGGAAUGGUUUUUGUAUUAAAAUUUAUAAAUCAACAAUCAAGAAAUCUUUGUAGUGCAUAAUAUAGCGGAGCUAUUGAUAGACAGAAUACGAAAAUCUAAGGUUCAUUUAUAUCUACUUCAUCUUUGAUUGCGUCAGGCUAUGAGAUUAUUUGGAAUUAUUGUGAAAUUAUCUUGCGUUUACCUUUCGUUUAUUUAAAGUCGACUUUGUGUUUACAAAGGAAAUCAAUCUUGAUCGUUUUGGAAACUAAAAACGCAUUGCAAUUCGGCAGUACACUUCAAAUCUGAAUA